AUGACAAAGAAUAACAUUAUCUUAUUAAUUUUUAUUAUCUUAUUCACAAAUGCAGAAAAAAGACAAAUAACAACCGUUCAAACACCAUUAACAUUAAACCAACCAUAUAAAGGAAUAUGGGUAAAACCAGAUGAAGUAAGUCUAAAUUCAACAUUAAAAAGUCUUUCUUUUUUAACAGAACCAGUUGGGACAUUUUAUUUAACUUCACUGAUUGCUAUAGAGAAAGACUCAAAAAUAAGAAUAAAUGGAAAGAUGUUUAUUAGAAAUGGAUUUUAUAUGGACAAAGAGAUACAAACUCUUAAUUUAACUUGUAUUGACUUAAUAUGUCAACUUGAAGGAAUUGAAAUGACAAUAGAUAUGAAGGAUGGAUUAUUAUAUGGAAUUGUAUCAGAUGAACAACUCAAAUUUAUUGGGAAAACUUUUUUUGGAAAACAGUCAAAUCUUAUUACAGAAACUUAUAUUAUUCUUUCAAUUCUUUUAUUUAUUAUUUCUUUUAAUCAAAUGAGAAAAGUGAGUAUUGAUGGAAUUGCAUUACAUAUCUUGACUAUGGGAGAUGCUUAUUGUGCUUUACUCCAUACAACAGCAACAUUUGUCUUUCAUCCAAGUUCAUCAUUAUUUUAUGGAUUUGGAAUUAUUAGUAUUCUUUCAAUUUGUCAAGUUGCUGUUAUGGGAAGUAAAUAUUUAGGAAGAUAUGGUGCUAUUGGACAAAUUUAUAUGACUUGUAAUUUGUUAGUUGGAUUUUUCUUAGCUGAAUAUUGGAAAUUUGGUUUUAUUAUCAUUAUAUGUUCCCCAUGGCUUUUCAAUGAUAAGAAAACAAAUAAGACUAGAUUAAUCACAUUAUGUUUAAAGGGAUUUAUGAUGUCAUAUUGGGUUGGAUAUUCUGAUAAUCCAAUCAAUAUUCAAAAUGAUUGGAGUUGUUUAUUUGUUCUUUGGCUCUCUAUUGCAAUUCAAUUUAAAAUUAAUAACAAUCAUCAUCAUUUAGUAUUUAAUGAAAAUAAAACUACAAUUAAAAGUAAAUUACCAUGUGAUUGUCCAAUUUGUUUAUGUUUAAUUGAAGACUCUAAUGAUGUUCUCUUAACAAAAUGUAGUCAUAUCUUUCAUAAAGAAUGUAUUCAAAUGUGGUUAAAAGAACAUGAUGAUUGUCCUUAUUGUAGAACAACAUUAUUAUUAAAUUAA